AGGUAAUCAAUUUUCAUUGGUAAUCUAUAGUUUGAACUAAUCUAUCUCCAUUUAAAAUCAUAAAACAAGUUUAUCUGUUAAAAAAGACUGAUUAAACUUGGUUGUUGGAACGUGCCAGACAAUCUCUUAUGUGAAAUCAAAUGCUUGGUAAAGGGUUUGCGUAUGGAACCAUUGAAUUAUUCAAACUAUAAUUGUUUAUCUAAACAUGACAUAAUUGAAUAGAAGGUUUUAGUUUCAACUAAUCCUAGUACGGCAACUUUAAAACGAGAAGCUUAUGAAGAAAACCAUUAUGGUUCGGUAAGAGAAGCACAUAAUCAAUCAUAUGGCCAUUAACAAAACAGAGAUUUGCAUGAAGGCUACCACAAGUAAUAAACGUUCCCUUUUACACUUAGAGAACUUGACACUCCCUUCGUUUCAGGUUGUAGUGAUAGCAGCAAAUAUGGGGUGCAAUGGGUGCAGAGGGAGAGUUUCCAGAGUUGUAUCUAAAAUAACUGGGUUGACAGAGUACACAGUUGAUGUGCGCAAAAAAGAAGUAACUAUUAAAGGAGAUUUCAUAGCAAAUUGCAAUUUCCAGAAGGAAACCAUUAGAAGAAACACCCUGCAGAGUGCGAACGAUCCACCCAAGUCCCUGUCUACGUUUUUAACUCACUCAGACGAACAUUAAUCAAACAAACAAAAGGCUUAUCCUAGUUACGAAGUUUAAAUUAUAAGGCUCUUUCAUACCGCAAAGAAACAGAAGAGGCAGCCUAAGCAUUCAAAUUUAUGCUACUUGAUACCAGAUUAAUUCAUUUAUUUUAUUCCAGUUUAGCCAUUUUUGUGUAGGGAAAGAAAAUGCCUCAACUGAUUUUUCCUUAUACCAUCACAUGCUCCUAAACACAACCAAUUAAGAAUUUAAAAUACCAUUAAAAGUGUUGUGGUAUUUAAUCAGGAUUUUUAAAUACUAUAAAUAAGUCUUUUGAUAUUCAA